UGGGUUUUCUCCGAGGCUCGCCAUUUUAUUUUAGUGCGUCAAGGUCGUCGCUUCGACUGCGACGUAUAAGUUUUGUGAGUGAACGUAGGAAAUCGUCGUUCCGACGACUGUGGGAUCGGCUCCCCGACGUGAUAAAAAUCGUCUUUCGGUUUUUUUUGUAGUCUUUUCUCCGCCCCUCUCAAAGGUAGCUUUCACAAACGAAUCGGAAGGAUCAUUAUUAAAUUCGGGACCUGUAACCAUGGAUUGCUGAAUAAGAUGUCGACUUUGAAGGGAUCAGCCGUUUCUCCAUCCGGAGACGUUUUCUCCCACUGUGAUAUUGUAGAUGUUAGAGGAUUUGACGAUGGAAAAGAAGAAUCGUUCUUUACAGCCCUCGACCAAGGGCAGUGGAACUGAUUCUAAAAAGACACCAGAUGGGCAAAAUGGAAAGCAAUUUCCCCGUGGCAACCGGAAACGGGAGCCCACGGGCAGUUCCAACAGUGUGGUCAAAAAUGAAACGAGAAGACCGCCUCCUCAGAAACACCAGAUUUUCGACAAAAGACCCAAGCCAAGAGGCUUCAAUGGGGGUCGUAGAGAGAAUAGCCAGAUAACUGGGGCAGCGCUGGAUGAUGAAGAAAUUGAAGUGCUCUUUACUGAAAGGAAUAAGAAGCAGAACUUGACUCAUCUCCUUAAUUUUCAUUAUGAGCCGAGAAGGGUGGCAGGUGAAAGGUCUCAUGUGGAACAUCGACAGAAUUAUUCGACCAAAUCUCUCAUGUCAACACACGUGCAUAAAUACAACAAGGAGCAGUUUCUGCAAGCUAAUUGUCAGUUUGUUGUUAGCGCAGAUGGAGAUUAUGGUUGUAACCUCGGAGAUCCUGAUUUGCUUGUUGAUUGGCAGUUUGUCGAGUUGAUUAGAGUUGGUAGCAAUGAGACGAUCACAUGUCCCAUUUGUCUAUAUCCACCAACAGCUGCCAAAAUCACGCGAUGUGGCCACAUUUAUUGUUGGAUGUGCAUCCUUCAUUACUUGGCUCUAACAGAUAAAACAUGGAGAAAGUGUCCUAUAUGCUAUGAGGCCAUUCAUAACAAAGAUCUUAAAAGUGUUGAAUGUGUCGAGCGAAAUUCAUACACAGUUGGGAAAAACAUAACCCUUCAGUUGAUGAAGCGUGAAAAAGGCUCCUUAAUAGCAGUGCCUGUGAACGAGUUCCCGGCGAGAUCAAAUCUGCCUAUCCUUGACUUGUCUGAGAAAAAUUUAGUCACCGUAUAUUCUAAAUUGUUGCUUGCCCAACGUUCAGAUAUUGAUGAGAUCAUUAACAAAGAAAAGUCCCAACUUGAAGAGCAACUUAAAGAAUUUAAAGGUCAGCCAGAAUUAUGUUUUAUUGAACAAGCGCUUGAGAAUUUAAACCAGCGCAUUCUCAGCUUAGGCAACAAGGUAACCAGUGCUUCAGAAGCCCAACCGGUUGAUGUCCAAACUGAAAAUUCAAAGGAAGGGAACAGUGUUUCAGAGCCUGCUUAUGAUUAUUUUGAAAAUCAGCCAUUGUCAAAUGAACAACGCCAGUCUGAAUCCAUUGAUGAGAUGGGAGCAGCAGAUAAAUGGGACGAAAAAAUUAAAAAUACAAAUCAAUCUGAAAGUGUUGGUUCAGAGUAUAACAACGAAUUAACUGUGGCUGACCUUGAAUUUGAAAACCCGACUUCAGCACAGCCUACAAAAUUUUUCUACUUUUACCAAGCUAUUGAUGGCCAGGAGAUUUAUCUUCAUUCUAUUAAUCUUCGUAUGCUUGAAAAGUCAUAUGGGAGUCUUGAACAUUGCCCAGUCACAAUACAAGGAAAAAUUGUUGAAAAAGAAGUCGGUUCGAUGACAAGGGAAUUGAGGAAAAGGCUUAAAUAUUUACAGCACGUACCUAUUACUUGCCAGUUUGAAGUUGUUGAGCUUAAUUUACACAUGCCUCUCAUUUUAAAAGAAGUAUUGGAGGAAUUUCAUGAACAACUAGAAACACGUAAAAAGCGAAGGCAAAGGCAAGCAAGAGCGGAGAGAAAGCGGGAGAAAAUGAUAGCAGAGACUGUUAUGAGUCAAUUUGGCAGGGGCCCAGACCCCAAUUUACGCAUUGAAUCGCACUAUCAUUUCCCAGGAUGUGGCGAAAAUGAUUUCCCUCGACAACCACCAAGGGAUCAGGCUUCAGGAGCAUCAAGCAGAUCAUCAAGUCCUCAGCCGGUCAGGAGCCGUUCACCAACUUCAGCUGCAAUGGCUGCUUUGUCUUUAGAUGCUCCUGACGACAGUGGACCUUCAUUCGCACAAAUGCUGAGAGAAGGAAAGACAACUAUGCCGCUCGGAGAUGCCUGGCCUUCUGUUGCAGACGCCAGUUUUACACCGACUACCACCUCUGGGGCAUGGAGUCAGCCAAGGAGACAAAGGCAGCCAAGUGUCAGGCUGGAAGAAGAAAGCGAAUAUUCGUUCUCUCCCCCGGCCAAGCCUUCAUUCAAUUUUGCUGAAGCACUCGAAGCCGCAACAAGAAAUGAAAAAGCGAAAGAGCAAAACCAAGGGAGGAAAAAGAAAAAGAGACAGCAGAGAAUUCUUUUCACUGGAUUAUCGGGCGAUCCAGGCAACUAAACAACCGAAUGCAAAAUACUCCAAUUAAAUUCAUAGUAACUCAGCUUCCAAGUAGUCUGUGGCAAAAUAAAAUUAUAGUAUGUGUACUUUCAUUAUGAUGUAUAAAAAAAAGCUUAAAAAAAACUCCCUUACCUAAUAGCAAAACAAGCAUCAACUCCCGUCAACCUUAAUUUUUGUUAAAUUUUAUAUUUCCAUACUUACCGAAUUUUAAUCUUCAUCUUUAUUUUGUGGCCUCACUGGCUCGUAAU